UUGUUAAGCUUGAUUGUGCUUGCAAGGGAGUAAUUCGAAGAGGAGGCCAUGGCUGAGAAUCGCCGGCAGAGAAGAGGGAGGCGGUGCAUUUGUUGAUUGUUCUAGAGAUCCCAAAGAGACGGGGGGCGGUGAAGAGCGGCAGAAUUCAAUGAUGACGUAGUGGGGUGGGUGGUGUGGUACUUUGUUUUCCUGAGACAAGCACUUGCCCAGCGGAAGAAAUCGUCAGCAAAGAUAUUCAGAGCCAAUUCCCCUUCCGAUCUGAUUUGCAAGUUUUCGAGUUCUGGAAAGGAUCGAAAGGAAAGAAAAAAUGCCAGACCCAGCUCAAAUCAACCGCUCCCUGUCCACGAUCCGUAGCGAGCUCGAGUUCCUACAAGCUUCGAACGCCCUCUCACCACCUCAAUUCCAGUCCAUAAUGGCUCAAUUACCCCAAAAUGGCCAACCUUCAGGUUACAUCGACCCUCGUUACAACCCCAAUCCCGCACAACAAUUCAACCCGGGAGCCAUGGCUCAACAAGCACAGGACCCGAAUCACCCUGCCCACCCCGAGAACCCGAAGCAUCAUGAGUGGGUUAAGGGCAUGGCGACGAAGUUUGGGAAUGCGGCCAUGUUCGGUGCCGGGGCUACAUUUGGUGGGGAUAUGGUGAAUGAUGUUUUGAGGAAGUUCUAGAGGGGUGGAGGAAGUGCUUUGAUGGGGACCUGGGGUGAAGGGAAGAAAGUGUGUGAGAAAAGGGGAGAGGUGGGGGUGGAUCGAGUGGUGUGGAGAGCCUGCGGGAUUCCCAGAGUCACAGGAGGAGGAACAUUGUAGCACUAAGAGUAAAUACGAGUUAUAUAAACAAAGUACUAAUUUGACGUCAACCCAAGAACCAAGCCGCUUAGCAGCGACAGCUGACGGAGGAAAUACCAUCCUCUUGAUUCUUGAGCGGAGGCAAUGUCCAAAGCUGCCAUAACGCUCUUGCCUCUGUCAGCGUCAAUCUCAUCCUUGCUUAAAUUUUUAAGAAACCAC